GGCUGUUUCAGCUUGUUCAGCAAUCGGCGACCCCGCCUACCUCAUCAGCUCUCUUUUGUUCUUUCUCCGUUCAAUUUCAUCUCCCGAACACAAGGUCCGCUCAUUCCCCGUUGAUUAAUGCUAAUUUGUUGUAUGAUUAUGCGCAGCCGUGGAUGUCUCAGUGUGGUGUUCGGGUUACUUUGGUGAUGGGUGCAUCAUGGGAAACAAGAUCAGCAGGAGACGGGACACCGCACCAGCUGAGCAGGAGGCUGCAGAGGAGGCAAUCGACACGCAGGAAGCUGUGGUGGAGGCAGUACCUGAUGAGCCAGUGGUGGUUGCAGAGGCGACUGAACCAGUAGUAGAAUCAGUGCCAGCACCGGUACAGGAGGCUGAGCCAGAGCCCCCCAAGCAGCCAGAGACGGAGCCCCCAUUGGAGAAGCCGGUGAGCGCCCCACUGGUAGACCUUGCACCAGCGCCGACCCCAGCACCGCCUGAACCCGAGCCCCUGGUGUCAGUCAGCAAACCGGUGUCAGUCAGCAAACCGGUGCCAGUCGGCCCAGAGCCAGUCGUGCCAGUCGGCCCAGAGCCAGUCGUGCCAGUCGGCCCAGAGCCAGUCGUGCCAGUCGGCCCAGAGCCAGUCGUGCCAGUCGGCCCAGAGCCAGUCGUGCCAGUCGGCCCAGAGCCAGUCGUGCCAGUCGUCCCAGAGCCAAAGCCAGUCGUCCCAGAGCCAAAGCCAGUCGUCCCAGAGCCAAAGCCAGUCGUCAUAGAACAUGAGGCUAUCCCAGAGCCCUUCCUCUGCCCCGCCCAUCUUCUGGACCUGGGUGUCCCUGAGCUGACCCCUGAGCCCCUCGAUGCUCCCCCCUCUCACAGAUCUGCCCCAGACCAGCCCACAGACCUGGGGGAUGCAGAAUGCUAUGACGACAACGUAAAGGCUGCCUGGAAUUCUGUCUCCGUCCCGGAAGAGUCCAAAGAAUCCCCGGAGAAGCCAGCGACCAUGGCAGAGCAGCUUCUGUGUGAUGUCAGGGGCAGUGAGCUGAGCAAAGCAGACUCUUCAAGCACUUAGACCUGACGGCCGACGACAUCAUGGUCAAUGACGUCAAUACAGACGACAUUCCGGAAGGUGACAUGUCCACUGAGCUGAUAUGAGAUGGGCGGAGAAAAUGUAUUUAAAAAAAAUAAAUAAAAAAAAUAAACAGAACAAUGACGUUCUGAAAAAGGCAGACGCAGCAGAAAAAAAAUGCAUUAAAAAAAUAAUACAACUUUGAUCUGAGAAGGCUAAAGGGAAAACUAAGCAGCUUAAGGAGACUGUGAAGUAGCACUCAGAUAAUCUGAGACCUGGGAUAUAUUCACUAGUAACCAAACAGAACCAAGCGUACGCAAACGGAAUGAAACUGGGUGGGACUUACCUGAAAUUGUCCAAUAGAUAUUCUAGUUUCCGUUGCCGAACCAUUUUGGAAUAAUGAUUAGACCCCAGGUAAUACAGACGUGCCUUUUCUUUCUGAGUGUAUGUUGACUAAAGGGAUGUGGUGAUGGGUGGCCAGGGCAGGAGAGUGAGUACCAAUCAUCGCCCUCUGAGCCAUAUAGACAUAACACUGCAUAGCAGAACACUUACAGUAACUAUAUAUGGUAACUAUGUAUGACAAUACGUUUGCCUUGGUGUGUACACCUGAUGAAUUGUAACAACAUUUGAAAUCGGCCUACAUGCUAUGAUGUACAUUCAUGCUUGGACUCUCACAAUCCUUCCUCUUUAACUCUGAAACGGAAGUGACCUUAUAUUUUCUUGAUGGUGAGAAGUGGUUUGGAGGAAUGUAUUAAAGGUGAUGGUCUGGUUGUGAAAAUAAAAUAUUGUUCCACCUUGAA